GUACCUUAUCUGUCAAAAUUGUACACCGUCUCAACUGUCAAGUUCUGGUGAUCGAUCUUGCCCUUCCAAGACCCGUGACUUCAGACAGAUCAGUAUGAAAUUUGCGAAAUCGCUGAGAGAUAGACGAAGCAGACAUGGAAGCCGCGAAUAUCAGGGGAGCCCACAGAUGGAAGAAGAAAGCUUCUCUUCACACUCCAAGAUCUGCACUUAUCACCGUUAUAGUAAUCUCCUCUAUCCUUCUCCUCUUCUUCUACUUCAGACGUUUUUUCGUUAUUCCGUUUGAACUUCCACUUUCCAGAAUUUCCUCGGCAUUCAGUACGUUACGAUGCGGUUCCUCCUCCAGAGAGAAGUUCCUCUGGUACGCUCCCCACAGUGGAUUCAGCAACCAGCUUGCCGAAUUCAAGAACGCCCUUCUAAUGGCUGCGAUUUUAAAUCGAACCCUGGUUGUCCCUCCCAUUCUCGAUCAUCACGCCGUUGCUCUGGGAAGCUGCCCCAAAUUCAGGGUUCUAAGCCCCCCUGACUUGAGAUUCGCUGUUUGGAAUCAUAGUGUUGAGCUCUUGCGUAAUUGCAGAUAUGUUUCUAUGGCCGAUAUUGUUGACAUUUCAGUUACUGUGUCGGGUUCAGCAGUAAGUGUUGUGGAUUUUAGAGAUUUUGUGCAUGAAUGGUGUGGUGUGAAACCGGAUCACUUAUGCUAUAGAGACCAAAAGGCCCAACCUUCAUUGCUACAAAGACUAAAUGAAUGUGGGUCUUUUCUGUCUGGACAAUAUGGCAAUUUAGAUAGUUGUUUGUAUGCUGUAGAUGAGGAUUGCCGGACAGCGGUCUGGAUAUACCAAAAAGACAGUGAAGAAGGUAGUUUAGACUCAUUUCAACCAGAUGAGAAACUCAAGAAGAAAAAAGAAAUUGCCUUUGUUAGGAGAAGGAGAGAUGUAUACAAGACCCUAGGACCUGGCUCUUUUCCUGGAUCAUCCAAAAUUCUUGCAUUUGGAAGCCUUUUUACUUCCCUUUAUAAGGGUUCGGAGUCUCACAUCGAUAUCCAUGAAGCUCCUAAUGAUAAAAGGAUAGAUUCCUUCAUCAUGAAGAUCAAAUACCUUCCCUUUGUUCCAGAAAUUCUUCAUGCUGGGAAGACGUUUGUUGAUAAUAGAAUUAAAGCACCUUUUCUUUGUGCUCAGCUUAGGCUACUAGAUGGGCAAUUCAAGAACCACUGGAGAGCUACUUUCCAAGAGUUGAAGCAUAGGUUAGAAUAUUUGAAACAAACUGGACCUAACUCUGUUCAUGUGUUUCUGAUGACUGACCUUCCCAUGUCUAAUUGGACUGGGAGCUAUUUGGGUGAUAUAUCAAAAGAUUCAAGGAUUAAACUGUUUGUCCUUGUAAAAAAUGACAACCUGGUCACAGAAACUGCUGGGAGUAUCCUGAAUGCGAACCAUGGUAUGAAGUUUAGGUCCUUUUCAAAGCGUUUUAUCAAAGUUCAGGAGAAUCUGAAGAGUCAAACAUUGCCUGACGUGCUAUUAUACAUAGAGGAAACAAUAUGUAGCUGUGCUUCUCUUGGUUUUGUGGGAACUACUGGUUCAACUAUUGCAGAGGGCAUAGAACUGAUGCGGAAGUUUGAUAUAUGUAAACGCUGAAACCUUUGUAAGGAUUCUUGUUACGUUUGGAGCUCUAUGGCCUGAGGUUUCCAAAUGAUAUAGUUAGGAGAGGGUUAAGCCUAUGGAAAGUGUAAUUUCAUGCCGGAUGGUUAUGGAUGUUUUGCAGCUGUGGAUAUGGAGAAAAUGCUGGAAUUUCAUCCAGCACUCUUUGAGCACUGUUGUUUUCUAAAGCUGUCUGGAUAAUCAUAUCUGGAAAAGUGGCAAUAGAAACUCAAUUAAUCAAGAUUCAAUACCUCAAUAAGAAAUGAAUUUUUUAAUUUGUUGUCUGCCUGCGAAGUGAUUUGUGAAGAUUUUUUCUUCUGCAGAAGGCCUUGUAGCAACAUGACUGGUUACUCUGUUGGCCCAACUGACGAAAAAUCUCCUGUUCUUAUUGACUUGUACUUUUUUUUUUGAUUGACCAAAACUGCUAGGUUUUGGUAUAUAUAAGGAGUCAGGACCCCACUAUCUAGGUUUGUAGGAAUUGUUGUUUUUGCACAUUUGAUUUUGGGCUGCAGCAUUUCCUCCCCCACUAGUCGUCCUAAAAUUAGGUAUAUCCUGGGCUUGUAUGCCUCGGGGAUUUUGGAGGGAAGGGAAUGGGAGGAUUGUUCUUUAUUAUUUUAUAUAUUUUUCUUCAUUUGUUAGUUUUAAAAUAGAAAUAAGUGUUUGAUUAGUUAAAUUAUCUGCUUUUGUCUAUAGACUAUAGUUCUUUACAACCAGCUAAGUGUGGACUUGAAUUAAAAAAAAUGCAUAUCAAUCCUCUGCUUACCUCCCCUCCAAAAUCCUCGAAUCAAACAAACCAUUAGAUUUCCAUCCUCACUUAUGCUUUAUUGAAAAUUCGAAGCCCCGCUUUUCAUUUUUGCUAGGUGUCUUGUCACAUCCUUGACUGAGAGCCUGAGAAUCAACUCCACCACUGUAACGAACUGUAUUUUCUGGUCUGCUCUCAAUUUCUUUUAUUUUGUAUGGAAAUGGAUGAUGUGCU